ACGCGUUCUCCCCACCACACUACAGCUAUUCACUGGUUUGGACACACACACGCACACAUACACACAAGCACAUUUGCCCAACCCCUGCCUAUCUCAUAGCAUAUAGGCAGCACAAGCGUCCGUACAGAAGUAGCCUUAUUACACAGUGCCGCAGUUAAUCUACACCAGAAUCUAUAGAGCUCAACAGAGAUGUAACCUCAUGCUGGAGACGCUGGCGCAUAGAAAACAGAUUUACUAUGUUUUUAACUUGGACUACUUUUUGAGUAUCCCUACUAUGUUUUAAUAAUCCGAGAAUAUCAGACUUUACGCAAAUGCUCCAAGUGAAGUUAGACAACUCGCAACAUCUAUGGACCCCUACGUGCCAUGCGUAAAUAGACUAGUGUAAACCUUAAGGCAUUUUACGCGUGGCUUUAUCUGUCAACCGCGGUCGGUGUCAUCAUGUCUGCGAUCAGGAGGAAAUUCGGCGAAGACUAUCAGGUAGUAAACACCAACCGGGGCAUGUCGUUUUCUGCCCCGGCCAAAAGAAAGCGCCAGCGAUUUGUGGAGAAGAACGGACGCUGCAACGUCCAGCACGGUAACCUUGGCGGAGAGACCAGCCGGUACCUCUCCGACCUCUUCACCACGCUCGUGGACCUAAAGUGGCGCUGGAACCUGCUCAUUUUCCUCCUGACAUACACGGUCGCGUGGCUCAUAAUGGCAUUUAUGUGGUGGAUCAUCGCGUACAUCCGUGGAGACCUCGGCCACGGCCACGACGAGUCGUACACGCCGUGCGUCGCCAACGUUUACAACUUUCCCUCCGCUUUUCUGUUCUUCAUCGAGACCGAGGCGACCAUAGGCUACGGGUACAGGUACAUAACCGAGAAGUGUCCGGAGGGCAUCAUACUUUUCCUCUUUCAGUCCCUGUUGGGCUCGAUCGUGGACGCGUUUCUUAUCGGCUGCAUGUUCAUUAAGAUGUCACAGCCCAAGAAGCGCGCAGAGACGCUCAUGUUCAGCCAGGACGCGGUCAUCUCGCAACGGGACGGAAAGCUGUGCCUCAUGUUUAGAGUUGGGAAUCUCAGGAACAGCCACAUGGUGUCCGCGCAGAUCAGGUGCAAGCUCAUAAAGUCCCGUCAAACCCCUGAAGGAGAAUUUCUCCCGCUGGAUCAGAGGGAAUUGGAUGUGGGAUUUGGAACAGGUGCUGACCAGCUCUUUCUCGUCUCGCCUCUGACGAUAUGUCAUGAAAUUAAUUCCAAGAGCCCAUUUUUCGACCUGUCCCAGCGCUCCCUCAUGAACGAACAGUUUGAGAUAGUUGUCAUUCUGGAGGGCAUUGUGGAAACUACAGGCAUGACUUGUCAGGCACGAACAUCUUACACAGAGGACGAGGUGCUCUGGGGUCACCGCUUCCUACCCGUCAUGUCACUUGAGGAGGGUUUCUUCAGGGUCGACUACUCUCAGUUCCACAACACAUUUGAGGUGCCAACUCCUCCCUACAGUGUAAAGGAGCAGGACGAGAAAGUGUCCCUGCCCUCCCCUGGUCCUCUUCUCUCCCCUAUGAUGAUCGAUGGGCAUAGUCGCAGAGAACGCAUGUUCUCCUUAGACGGGGUUCCUCACUCCGAAGAACCAGGAUCCAAAUUACCCAGCAAACUCCAGCGUAUGAGCUCCAAGAAUGGAAAAGAGGUCCUCAAACCUGGAAUCACUCAGCCAACGGAAAAGGCCUCCAGCACAGGCGAUCUGCCCCUCAGGUUGCAGAGGCUCGGAUCUUUGGUGGGCCACGAGGAACCGGAAAAUAUGCUCCAGCUGAAAGCUCUAAAGAUGAGUUCAGAAGCCCACACCCAGUCAGCGGGGGAACUGGAGCAUCAUAGACUGCUCUCAAUCCCUGCUCCGGCUCAAGGGACAAACCUCAACCUCUUGCCUGCAUCCAGUGGCCGGCCGGAGGAUAACCUACCCCCUAAAUUACGAAGAAUGAAUGCAGACCACUGAAUGGGACAUUGAGCCCGGUUUGUUUUCACUUUUCUCACACAGAGAUGAACAUUGAACUCUUAAAAUCAUUUAACAUUUUGAAUAAUAUUUAUUUAUUUAUAAAGGACUAUACUGUGAUCUCUUUAAGCUUAUGAUAAAACUGUGUUUCAUGUCAACAAUCAAGCUCAUUGCUUUGCCUUCAAUAACUUUGCCAAACUUAAUAUACUAUACUGUUGAAACAAUUCAUAGGAAUAAAGCACCUUUAUAGAAUUAUGAACACAAAUAUCAACAUGUAUUUCUUUGUGUAUUUAUAUAAGUUAUUUACCAAGUAUUUAUUUAGAGAAAAGUGUACUGAUAUGUACUAGCUUUAAGCAUUUUUAAGGCAUUUAUCAUGCAUUUCUGUCAGCAAUAUACAGCUUGAAUUACUUUCAAAUUCAUAUCCAUCAUCCCCGGUAAGAAACAAAUAUCUGUCAGGUUUUUUCAUCAUAUUGAAAAACAAAAAGUAGCAGACAAGGUUUGUUUUUUGCAAUUUUUGGGGGCACUGGGUGGAAAGCAGUUUGUCAACAAAGGACAGUUUUGAUCAUUUUAAUAAUUUCAUUAUUAAUUUCUACACAAUAUAAUAAAACCACUUGGACAGCAUUUUGGUGUUCCAUGGCUUUUAAGGAGGUCGAAUGUAAGUCACUUGUGGUGCUCAGACAUGCACCGAAGCAUAUUACAUUUAACAUGUAAUUGAAGCUUUCAGUCAUCUCAUUUGCAUCAUGUCCCAUCUGCGUAAAGGCGCAGCGACCUGUGAGUCCACUACAGCGAACACAAGUACAAAUGACCAUCUCCUUGGAAACAUCUUGGUCGUACCUCAGGCAGUGGGUGGAAGUGGAAGUAAUUCAAUUUGCCUUCAUGAAGGAAUAACUUACUCUCAGCGCACGAACAUGUCAUAAAGUGUCAUUACUCUUAAUUGAGGAUGCACAGAGGUUCUAAUAUUGUUCAUUACUUAUGCAAUUUAUUUUUGAUCAAACGCAGCAGUGUCCAGCGAGGCAAUGCGUUUAAUCCCUAUUAAAACAAAUCAUGAACAUUACGCAAAGAACAAAAUAGGAUGACUAAUGCGGUGAUCUUAUUAUUCAGACUAUUAUAUGUCAACAUGUCUACUAUAUGUAUGGGAUAAUGCAAUAAUAAAUCCUGAUA